AUGUGGCGGGUAUUUCUCCUAGCCAUUGUGGCACUUUGUCUAGCAGAUCAGUGCACGACAGUAACAGAGACAUACGGUGGCCUUCCAGGGGACGCUUCCCCCGAAUUUGUUAAAGCAAUGGAAAAUGCACUAGGAAGAAAAUUGACGCCAGACGAGCUUUUGAUGAAGGUCAUAGUUAGCGAUAGAACGUCGCCGAAAAUAACAGUGUAUGGAGUAGUUGAAGCAAAUAAGAUUACAUGGGAAUUCGAUGGACCAGAUAUGAAGAAUGCUACUCGAGUACUUUUCUUCAAGCCAUUCGAGGAACUGGGUAAAUGCAGGCCAGACGCGUUGUUCAUCCAAAUCCAAACCAAACCAUUCCCUUUUGAGGAACUGACAGUUAGCAAACAGAAAAUUUGAUCAAAUUUCUUUGGGAAGAUUCGUUACAAUUGCGAAAUUGUGUACAUCGAAAUUGCAAUGAAUCUCUCUACGAAAUAUGUUUGAAUUUUUAUUCUUCUGUGAAUUUUUCAUGAAAAAAGUAACAGAAUUUAUCGUUGAAGGGC